AUGGUCGUGAAAAUACGAAGAUUAUUGCAAUCUAUUCCAGACCCAAAUUUCAUUUGUAUCUUGAAUGUGCAGGAGAACUUCAGGCACACCAGCAGCAAUAACUUAGUAUCUCGAGACGAACUGAUGAUGGUCCUGUCUAGACUAGAUGAAUUACAAAUCCGAGGUCUUUACUUCUCAGAAACUCAGCGGUUAACCUUGGGCGAUGUUGGUCUGGAAGAAGCCACCAAUACAGGAAAUGGUAAUAUCGCUUAUGCUGUAGAGGUGUGUUCCUGCCCUCCUGAAUAUAUGGAUGAUUCAUGUCAGGAAUGCAGUCCAGGAUUCUAUCGUGAGACAGUGGGUCCAUUUACAGGAAAGUGUGUUCCAUGUAAUUGUAAUGGAAAUUCAGAUAGAUGCCUGGAUGGUUCUGGAAUUUGUAUUAACUGUCAACAUAAUACUGCUGGAGAAAAGUGUGAACGUUGUAAAGAAGGAUACUUUCGAGAUGCCAGUCAAGGACUUUGUAAGGAAUGUCACUGCCCUUACACAAACAGUUUUGCUUCUGGCUGUCUGGAAGAUAAUGGAGAAAUCCAAUGUUUUUGCAAAGAAGGCUAUUCUGGAAAGCAUUGUGAAAGCUGUGCUCCUGGUUAUUUUGGAAAUCCACUGAAAUACAGAUACUGUCAAAAAUGUAAUUGUCUGGAGAAUGGCCAGCUCACAACAUGUGACCGCUUGACUGGGGAGUGCAUAAGCCAAGAACCAAAAGACAUAGAUCCAAAUGAAGAUUGUAAUUCUUGUGGCAGUUGUGUAAUCACAUUGCUGGAAGAUUUGAGUACAAUGGGAAGUGAGCUCCGAGUGAUUGAAUUUCAAAUGCAAAGUAUCAACACUAGUGCCCAACUGCUGGGCCAGAUGAAGCACCUGGAAGUCCGUAGCAAGCAACUGGAGAGUCUGUUGAAUCACUCUCAUUCUGUUAUUAAAACUCAAAGCUCAAAGGUAGAUGAACUGGAGACAGGUUUGUCUCACAUUAAUCAAAAUAUUAAUGCUCUGAAAGAAAAGGCUGAAGGUAAUUACAAGAAAGCACAGAAUCUUUUAAAUAACUUUAGUAAAACUAAUCAAAGAGGAAGAACUUUAAUUUCCAAGAUCCAAUCUAUUCUCAUCCAUAUUAAUGUUCUCUUGGGACAGAUAGAUGGCACUUCUACAGAAGGAUCCUCUUUUCCUACAGAAUACUCUGCAAAAGAGCUGGUGAAAGCUCAGCAAAUGAUCAAUGAAAUGAGAAACCGCAAUUUUGGCCAACAGCUAACAGAAGCAGAAAAGGAAAAAGGAAAAGCCCAACACUUGCUAGAUCGAAUAAGGAAUGAACUAGAAAAGCGUAACACAAACAACCAAGGGCUCAUUAAAAGUGUGAGAGAUUCACUAAAUGAAUAUGAAUCCAAGCUCAAUGAUCUUCGUGAAUCUUUGCGAGAGGCAAAGGAACAAACCAAGCUAGCUGAAAACUUAAAUGGAGAAAAUGAACGUCUUUUGGAAGAGAUUAAGUAUGUUAUAACACAGUUUAUCUAA